CCGCAGCCCGGCACGGCUCGGCACAGCAGAGCCGCCCGCCCGAGGGCUGCCCGCCGGAAGGAGGCGGCGGCGCGGAGCCGAGUGACCUCGAGCAGCAGCGACACAUCCCCUUCAGUGUGAUGAGUGGGACUUUGUUUGAAGAUAUCUACAAAAGUUGCAAAAUCACCAGUAUUACCUGCUGAACUACACCGGAUUUCAAAUGUUUCUCAGUAGAUACAGUAUUCUAGGUUUGCUACUUGGAAAAGAAAAAGCCAUGGCUUCCAGCACAUCAAACCCUGCUAACCAUUUGCCUUACUUCUUUGGUAAUAUCACACGUGAAGAUGCUGAGGAGUAUCUAAUGCAGGGAGGAGCAAGUGACGGACUAUACCUGCUCCGCCAGAGCCGCAAUUACCUGGGGGGCUUCACCCUCUCCUUGGCCCAUGGAAGGAAGGUUCACCACUAUACGAUUGAGAGGGAGCUGAGUGGCUCCUAUGCUAUUGCGGGAGGCAAGUCGCAUGCCAGUCCUGCUGAACUCAUUAAUUAUCACUCAGGGGAAGCUGAUGGCCUUAUCUGUCUGCUGAGAAAACCUUUCAACCGGCCACCAGGUGUUGAACCCAAAACAGGACCCUUCGAAGAUUUGAAAGAGAACCUCAUCAGAGAAUAUGUCAAGCAGACUUGGAAUUUGCAGGGGCAUGCUCUUGAACAAGCUAUCAUUAGUCAGAAGCCUCAGCUGGAAAAGCUGAUUGCCACUACAGCCCAUGAGAAGAUGCCGUGGUUCCACGGGAGGAUCUCUCGGGAGGAGUCAGAGCACCGUAUCCUCAUUGGGUCCAAAAACAAUGGAAAAUUUCUUAUCCGAGAAAGGGACAGCAAUGGUUCCUAUGCCCUGUGCCUGCUGAAUGAUGGAAAAGUACUGCACUAUCGUAUUGACAGAGAUAAGACAGGAAAGCUCUCCAUACCAGAUGGAAAAAGAUUUGACACCCUUUGGCAGUUAGUUGAGCAUUAUUCAUACAAACCAGAUGGAUUAUUAAGGGUUCUUACCAUUCCUUGUCCACAACAUGGCUCAGAAAAUGAUAAUCUAGGAUUUAAUACUCAUUCUUCUUCUGGAACACUUCCUAAGAGUUGGGCAGGAGGUGGAAUUAUCUCAAGACUCAAAUCGUAUACCUUCCCAAAGGCUGGCAGCAAAAAGCUUCAGUCAGCUAUCGGCCACCCACCAGAAGAAGCACCUUUUAAUCCAUAUGUGUUGCAAAGGAACAGAGGUCUUGCAGGAGCAGAAAGAGGUGAUCAGAGAGAGGCCUUACCCAUGGAUACUGAGGUCUAUGAAAGUCCAUAUGCUGAUCCAGAUGAAAUUAAACCAAAAAAUGUCACUCUUGACAGAAAAUUGUUGACUUUGGAGGAAGGUGAACUUGGCUCUGGCAACUUUGGUACUGUAAAGAAAGGGUUCUAUAAGAUGAAAAAGGGUGCCAAGCCUGUGGCUGUAAAAAUUCUGAAGAAUGAGAGUAAUGAUCCAGCCAUAAAGGAUGAGUUACUGAGAGAAGCAAAUGUAAUGCAGCAACUGGAUAACCCAUAUAUUGUCCGAAUGAUAGGUAUAUGUGAAGCUGAGGCCUGGAUGUUAGUUAUGGAAAUGGCUGAACUUGGGCCACUGAACAAAUUUUUGCAAAAAAAUAGACAUGUCACAGAGAAGAAUAUAACAGAGCUGGUGCAUCAGGUUUCCAUGGGGAUGAAAUACCUGGAGGAGAAUAAUUUUGUUCAUAGGGAUUUGGCUGCAAGAAAUGUGCUGUUAGUCACACAACAUUAUGCCAAAAUUAGUGACUUUGGACUUUCUAAAGCUCUUAGUGCUGAUGAAAAUUAUUACAAGGCACAAAGUCAUGGAAAAUGGCCAGUCAAAUGGUAUGCUCCAGAAUGCAUGAAUUUCUACAAAUUUUCUAGCAAAAGUGAUGUCUGGAGCUUUGGGGUUUUAAUGUGGGAAGCUUUCUCUUAUGGACAAAAACCAUAUAAGGGAAUGAAAGGUGGUGAAGUUGCACAGAUGAUUGAAAGAGGAGAACGAAUGGAACGACCUGAAGUCUGCCCAACAGAAGUCUACAGUCUAAUGAAAUUGUGUUGGACAUACAAUGUUGAUGACCGGCCAGGAUUUGCUGCAGUCGAGAUGAGAUUACGUAACUACUAUUACGACAUUUCCCACUAACAGCAUGAACAGCAGCUUCCUCAUCUCCAGCCAGCACCCUCUGAGAAGCAGCUCAUUUUCCAAAACCAAGCAACCUUGAUUUUUGUACUUCCAUUUUCAACUUGCAAAGCUCAGAGCUGAGCCUUGCAUCUGUAAGGUUGUUUUUUCUUACCUUCUGCACAAAAUCCAGCCCCAAAAGAGUUUUGGAAGUGUAACAGUCUCAAAGUGCACAGCAAGGAUAAAAUGCUUGUAUUUCUGCUACAUUCCAUUUCAUUUUAUUUACAGCUUUAUUUGCAUUAUAUUUUGCAGUACUGUAAAAUCUAUUUAAUGACUUUGAGCUCUCUUUCUCUCCUAUAUUGGAAUGCAGAUUGGAAUUUAAAUUCUUCUCAUCAACAUUCUUAACCUUUCAAUGUAUUUAGUUGUUCCAGCUUUCCUUUUCCUCAAGGAAGAAUAGCAUAAACAUUUCCCACUAUGAAGCAAAUUCACUGUACAAGUGUAUCAGAUGUUUUGACUGACAGUGUGUUUGAUUUUAUCACCAAACCCCUUUACACCAAAUCACAUUAUUCCUAGUAGUAAAGUAAGCAGAGGGGAAUUGGGAGUUCUGACUUUCUAAUAUCAUCACAUCUUUUAAAUGUGGCCAUCUUCUUUUGUUUCUCAUCUCUUCUUUUGUUCCUCAGCCCAGCUGUUCCUCAGGGAGUUGUUUUUUUUUCCCUAGUGAAAACUGGGAACUCAGAGGCUUGCUCUCAUCUUAGAAGAAAACAUACCAGCCUGUAAGAUGAUUCUAUAUUUUAACAUAAGCUCCAGCAUUGAAUUCCUGAAAAACACCUAUAAUGGAGCAGCACUUACCUUUCUCUGUGCUCUUCCAUCCUUCUCCAUACAUAUUUUUUCUAUGCAUCUAUUUGGGUAUACCAUAGCUUCUUGUGUUGUAUUUUGAGCAGCAAUCAUUUCUAUCUUUUCUUCAAACCUUUCUUUAAAAAGCAUGUGAGAAUUUCACCACACCUUUUCACCUCUAAAGUUAAAUUUCACAUCUAGUUCAAAUAUUUUAUAGUGGGCAUACAGACAACAAGAUUACCAGCUCCAAAAUCUUAGUAUUUGUCAUGUGAGACAAACCUCUGUGGGCAUCUCAGGAAAAGGCAUUUGUCUUAUCACUCUUCUGUAAUGUAGUGUACAUCUCCAUUAAAUUAGAAGUAUAGUAGAGUAAUAACAAAUUAGGUAAUCAAUUUCUGAUUCUGUUUUUACCCUUAUGCUUUUCUUGCUCAACCUCAUUUGAAAUAUUAUCAGUAGCAACAUUUCUAUCACUCAUUACUCGCAAGCAGCUAUUUUAUUGUCAUUUGCAUACAUCUCAGGAAUCUGCUUACAUUUUGUCUGCUAGAUAUAGAGAUUUUAGAAGAAUAUAAAGAAUAAGAUUUAGAGCUAGAUAUAUUUAUGGCAUUGGCUGGUUAGAGUAUAUGUGUUUAAUUUUUGUGUGAACAGAGUAAUCUUAGAGACGCAGUGGGGUUUGUUUUGUUUUGUUUUUUUUCUCUAGUAAUUAAAUUGUGUGAGCAAUUAAACUGAGAAAGGGUGAAAUAAUUUUCAUAGAAGACAGGACUAUAAACAAAUGUAGAAGCUACUGGUAUUUUUUUUUCCUUUAUACUAAGUUUACAGUCUAUUUGUUAAAUAAUAUAUGGUGCCUUUUGGUAGUUUAGUCUUGGCUAUCCAGUGCAAGGCAUCACAGACUAUUGGAAGAUAGUAGACUGUAUUUCAAAUGUGAGCAAACAUGACUUACCUUGAAGAUGAUUUUUGUUUUGUUUUUAAGAAACAUUUUUCUAUAAGACCAGCUUCUGUAGAAGUUAGCCAUAGUUGUACACAGGUGUUUGUCACUUUAGUUAUGUUGCAGAGAACUUGUUAUCUCUACAUGUGCAAUUAGUACAGUUAUGGGGAUAUUAGUUAUAAACAAAUUGCACAAAUUUCUAUGAACCAGCGAGUGACAGUUCUCGGUUUUCCAGAAUGAGAGAUAUAUUGGUCUCACUCUCUUUAAAAGUGAUGUCUGAUACCACAAACCUGGAGGAUUAUUUCUUCUCUUCUGAGUGAAUGUCAACAUCACUUUCUGGAGUUACUUGAUUAUUUUUAACUUCACUAUUACAUAAUAAAAGUUUACAAUGAGAAUAUAAAGUAUCAUGAAAUGAAUGGAUUAGGUUUUAAAAUUUUAAUUAAAGAUACUUUUACAAAAUAUGCUGUCUUAACAAGAAUCCUUUCAUAAUUACAUGCUCUGUAAAAAAUCCUGAUGCUGUUGCAGAGUGUAUAUGUAUUGACUUACUGUGAUUGUUGUGGAAGACUGAGAUUUUCCUACUGACAGUGAAAGGUACCCACCAGGACAGGACACUGAUGCUUGGGCUGCUUUUGGAGCUAUUCAGGAACAGCAGGAAAUUCCCAAAAUAUGCACAUUGCUGUUGCACCUAAGUAUUUCAAAGUGAUUUACAACAAUAGUGUGCUGAAUCUGGAAGGUUAGAGAUGCCAGGAGUCAGUGCAGUGUAUCAGCUAGCGAAGAAUUUCUGCCUUACAGAUGUCAGUUUUGCAAGAUUUAGGUCACAGUAUAUGAUGUAGAGCCUCCCUCAGAUGCGGACAGCUGUUCUAGGAAUUCUAAAAUAAAAACAGCAACAUCUUAGUCUUUCAUUUAGCUUUUUUUGCAUGCUCAGGUUCUCAGGAAAGCUAAGACUAAAUGAGUGUGAAUGUCAAUUUGAAUAAUAAACAAGAAAGGUGGAACGGUAGACAACUCUUCAAGCAGCUACUUACCUUUGGGAGGGAUCAGUCAGUGACCAAGUGACUCUGUCCUUUUUGGAUGCUUUCCUGCAUAGCAACUCUGGCCUAAUUGCUGCACCUUCCCACUUGUGGGGCUGCACCAUCAACUGACAUGAAGGGACUUCUCUUUUGGCUACCUGGAUCUGGUUGCCUAUUUUUAGAUUGACUUGUCUCAGAAAUGCCACAUGUUGGUGUAACCCUUCAGAUGACUGUCAUGACAGAGUUGAGGGGCAGAAAACUGCAGCAUUUAGUUUGGGAGGCUGGUGGAAAUGAAGGAUUAGGUGUUAACAUGCUAAGAGGGCUUUUCACUGGAGGAAAACUGGUGUAUUAUAACCUUCCUAUACACAAAGGUGUAUUUACACCUUUGGUCAGGAAUCAAAUUUACAAAAUCAGGGAGUGUGAUUUUGAAGUAUGGGAAGCAUGUGGCUUUUUCCAUAAAGACACAUCCAAACAUCUUAAAGCCCUAGCUGUUGCUUCUGACACUGUGCAAAAAGGGAGUUUUUAAUCAGACAGUGAGAAAUACCCAUAAUUUUCACCCCUUAAAUCGACACAGUCAGUCCUGCCAGUUUGCCAAGCAGCCUGGCCUGCACAGCCAGGUCGUGCACCAAGUGUGUCCUCACCCCAGCCCUGCCAGGAGGUGGCAAUGCCUGAACACGGUUGGAGUGGAGCACUUGUCUGGCCAUCCCUGGCACUCUGUACUCUGCCCCGCCUGUGGUUGUGCCUGCGUGUUACAGAGGACACACUCUCUUUGCUCCUUGCUGUGAAGCAAUGCUGCAUGUGAAGACGAAUCAUCAUUUAUUUAUAUGGUGAAUAGUCAGCUGUGGAUGAUUAACAGAGACUUCUGAGACUCGGUGUCCCCUUGUCUUUUAAGUGAUCACAGCAAUGAGGGAUUGCACGCAGAAAGAUACAGACUACGCCCCACACAUGCCUAGAAGGGAGUGAGGGUGACAUAUGGAUUGAAUAAUAUAGGGAAACAUUAAGCAAGCAGUUGUAAUUACCAGCCUGAAGUUUAGUGAGGGCAGACUCAAGAAAACUUGAAGACUGCAAGGCAUGCAGAAGAAGAAAUAAAAAUAGAUUCCUGUUUAAAAAACAGUCAGAGAGAUGUAAGGCAAAUCCUGAGAACAGUCCUCCAAUCACUCAGAGUUCCCUGAAGCAAAGCUAGAGCUAUGCCUCUAUGUCCAAAUAGGUAUUUUAUUCUUUUCUGUCACGUAUGUGAUAAUAGAGACAAAGGCCCACUGGGUUCCUUGGCAUAUAAUUAACUCUGCAUGGAGUAUAAUGACUGCUUCCCUGAGGCAGUGGAGGUGUGCACGUUCUUGAUAACCACAGAAGAGAGAAAACAAGAGGCAGCUGGGAAAAGUAUUACACCACUGUCCAUUAAAAUUCAUUAUUUCAAAUGUAAAUAGUCCCUGGAUGACCAGUCCAGUGUAAAUGUGCAGAGAUCAUUAACUCCCCUUGUCUAUCCACCAUUGCAAAUGCCUUUAAAUGUCACGUCAAUAAACUGUUAGGUCUUGCUUAA